GGCGGGCGGCGGCGGCUCCAGGCCGGGUUUUGCGCGCCGCCCGCCCUCCUGUUAGAAAUAGGAAAAUUCAAUAAUCAAAGCAAAGGGGAGCGCGAGGAGGAAAAAUCCGGGAUCAGGGCAAGUUUGAUGGCGCAUGCGCGCUGCAGCCUCCAUCCCAAACACACACACAUUUCCCCCGACUUGGAAAGUCACCCAAAGCCGCCCCAAGUGCAGGGCAAAGAGACUUCCCCAAGUGAAGAGAAGCCAUCAAAUUCCUUGUCUUCACCUGAGACUGCCUCCAAAACAAAGACCCUGACUUCUCUCCUCACUUUGUACACUGGAAUGGACCUUGAAGCCUGUGACUUCUCAAUGCAAGGAUGAAGUGAAUUUAGAGCUAAAAACCAGGCAAGAAACCAGACCUUGAAAUCUCCGAAAGGUAGGAGAGACUUCAGACUGCAAUGGCUGAAAGAACUAUAUGCACUGACGCAACCUCAGGAAAACCCACAAUGGCUGCCAAGCGCAAAGGCGGCCUGAAGCUAAAUGCAAUCUGUGCCAAGCUGAGCCGCCAGGUUGUCUUCGACCACGGGGGAGCCGAGCAGGCGCGUGCGGACAAAGGGCCGCAGCGGGAGAGCAGCAACAAGGACCUGCCUCAGCCCGGGACCAAGGAGCCAGGGACUGAGUUUUCAGACGGACUCAGCCACGUGCAGAAGAUUGAGGAGGACAAGAGGAGGGAGGUGAUCGAGAAGUGGGUGAACGGGGAGUACGAGGAGCCUUUGCUGGGGCGGGCUGAGGGCAAGGAAUGUCGGGGCGCCGAGGGUGCAGAGGUGCCACCUGAAGGGGUCUACAUGGUGCAGCCCAAGGGCUGCAGCGACGAGGAGGACAACGGGGACGAGGCGGACGCGCUGAGGGGCUCACAAGAUGGCGCCUUCCUGGACGACAGGGAUUCUGACGGGGCGGCCUCCAAGGAUGACGCCUACCGGGCCUCCAGCGAGGCGGCCUCCAAGCUGGGAACCACCUCAGGGGAAGCUUCGUCGCUGCGAGAUUACGCCGCCACCACCAUGAAUGAAUUCCUGGGCAUGUUUGGCUACGAUGACCAGAACAUGCGGGAUGAGCUGGCCCGCAAGAUCAGCUUCGACAAGCUGAACGCUGCUACCUCAGAGGCCACCGCGGCUGCAGCCUCUCUCCCUGGCGAGGAUGCCAUGAGCAAACGAGCUCGGUUCUCCAAGUACGAGGAGUACAUCCGCAAGCUCAAGGCUGGAGAGCAGCUCUCCUGGCCCAUGCACUUGGCCAAAUCUGAGGAGCUGGGCUCCAAGCUGGGCAAAGAUGCUUCCUCGGUGCUGGCACAGCCCAUUCGGCUGCCAGGUCCGGAUGCCUCCAUGCUGACGGAGACCAAAGCCACCAUCCUGCCGCUGCCCUCUCCCAGCAGUUCCCAGAUGCAGGGCCUGAUGUCACGGGCCUCCAAAUAUGACUUCUUCAUUCAGAAGCUGAAGACGGGUGAGAGCAUCAGGCCACAGAACGGCAACACUUACAAGAAGGCCUCCAAGUAUGACCUAGAAAACGUCAAGUACUUGCACCUUUUCAAGCCUGGGGAAGGCAGCCCAGACAUGGGAGGAGCCAUCGCCUUCAAGACAGGCAAGGUGGGCCGGCCUUCCAAGUACGAUGUGAGGAACAUUCAGAAACUCACUCAGGUGAAAGCUCCGACACCCAGCCUGGCCCCUGCUCCUCUCGCCAGCACCCCCAGCAGCGCUCCCAUGGCUGGGCCCGAGCAGGCUGUCUCCUUGCCAUUCAACACUCCUGAGUACCUGAAGUCGACUUUCUCCAAGACAGACUCCAUCACAACUGGAACAGUCUCUACAGUGAAGAAUGGAUUACCCACUGACAAACCGACCGUCAGCGAAGAUGUAAAUAUUUACCAGAAGUAUAUUGCCAGGUUUUCUGGCAGCCAGCACUGUGGACACAUACACUGUGCAUACCAGUACCGAGAACAUUACCACUGCCUUGACCCAGAGUGCAACUACCAGAGAUUCACUAGUAAACAGGAUGUGAUUCGGCAUUACAACAUGCACAAGAAACGUGAUAAUUCCCUCCAGCACGGCUUCAUGCGCUUCAGCCCCUUGGAUGACUGCAGUGUGUACUAUCACGGCUGCCACCUGAAUGGGAAAAGCACACACUACCACUGCAUGCAGGUGGGCUGUAACAAGGUCUAUACGAGCACCUCGGACGUGAUGACCCAUGAGAAUUUUCACAAGAAGAACACGCAGCUCAUCAAUGACGGGUUUCAGCGGUUCCGCGCCACGGAGGACUGUGGCACUGUGGAAUGCCAGUUCUACGGGCAGAAAACCACUCAUUUUCACUGCAGGCGACCCGGGUGCACCUUCACCUUCAAGAACAAGUGUGACAUUGAGAAGCACAAGAGCUACCACAUCAAAGAUGAUGCCUAUGCCAAGGAUGGCUUCAAGAAGUUCUACAAGUAUGAGGAAUGCAAGUAUGAGGGCUGUGUCUACAGCAAGGCCACCAACCACUUCCACUGCAUAAGGGCAGGCUGUGGCUUCACCUUCACCUCCACCAGCCAGAUGACCUCCCACAAACGCAAGCAUGAGCGGCGGCACAUCCGCAGCUCAGGAGUGCUGGGCCUGCCUGCCUCUCUCCUGGGACCCAAGGAUAAUGAGCAAGAGGAGUCCAGUAAUGACGACCUUAUUGACUUCUCUGCAAUGAGCUCAAAGAACUCCAGCCUGAGUGCCUCCCCCACCAGUCAGCAGUCUUCCGUUUCUCUCAUAGUCCCAGCUGCACCCUCCUCCGGUGCUGAGCUUGCUUCCUCACAAGUCAGCAAGCCUGCCAACAGCAUGACACCAGCCACCAAGAUCUCCGGCCUGCUCUCCCAGGCUCUUCCCAGCAAUAUACCCUUGGCUCUGGCACUCUCCAACUCAGCACUUCCAGGAGCGGCUGGAUCCUUCUUCCCCAUCAUCCCCAGCCGGGUCUCCACUCCGCUCCCUGCCAGCUCCACUAACCUGAUGACUGCUGGUUCAUCUGGCGCCAAUCCGACAUCAUCUGCUCCCACAGAUUCCUCAUCCCAGGCCAUCUCAGCAUCUGGUGAGCCUUCAGCUACUUCUUCUCCAGCUCCAGUGGCAUCCAUAAUGGAAAGGAUCUCUGCUAGCAAGGGGUUAAUCUCCCCGAUGAUGGCCAGGCUGGCGGCGGCUGCACUCAAGCCCUCUGUGGCACUGGAAGCAGCAGGGAAUGGACAAGCAGCAGCUCCUGGGCGGUUCAACCCGGUCCAGGUGAAGCAGGAGCCAGCAGAGGCCAUGGGAUCAUCCUCUGCCACCGGGCAGGAGUCCCUGCAGGAGCACAGCUUGGACCUGAGCGUCAAGGACCACGGUAAUGAAUCAAAUGGCCACACAGUCUCGGCAAAUUCAUCUCUUUUAUCCUCGCUUAUGAAUAAGAUGUCCAAGACUAGUGCCAGCCUUGGCAACCUGCUGAACAUUAAGACAGAAGGAGAUGGCAGCCAGGCUGGGGCUGGGGAGCCAACACAGUACUUGGGCAAGGCAGUGAAGGCUCUUGUCCAGGAGAAGCUCUCUGAGCCGUGGAAGAUGUACCUGCGCCGGUUUGGUACCAAGGAUUUCUGCGAUGCGCAGUGCGACUUUCUGCAUAAGGUGCAUUUCCACUGUGUCGUGGAGGAAUGCGGUGCCCUCUUCAGCACUUUGGAUGGAGCCAUCAAGCACGCCAAUUUUCACUUCAGAACUGAGGGUGGGGCUGUGAAAAGUAACUCUGAGUCUCCCUUCUCAACUACUACUGACAGUAAGGCUUCACUGGGCCCUUCAUCACCAUCUGCUACGUCUGCCACCAUGGCGAGCGCUCCGGCCCUUGAUGUGCCCACCCCAAGCCCAGCAACUGUGCCCUCUGCCCCCACACUACUAGCUUGGAAGCAGCUGGCUUCAACCAUACCCCAAAUGCCUCAGAUCCCAGCAUCAGUGCCUAACCUGGCAACCUCACCCUUGGCUACGACUUCCCUGGAGAACGCCAAGCCUCAGGUCAAACCCGGAUUUCUCCAGUUCCAGGAGAACGAUCCCUGCCUGGCAACGGACUGCAAGUAUGCCAAUAAAUUCCACUUCCACUGUCUCUUUGGGAACUGCAAGUACGUGUGCAAAACCUCUGGCAAAGCAGAAUCCCACUGCCUGGACCACAUCAACCCCAACAAUAAUUUGGUGAACGUGCGAGACCAGUUUGCUUACUAUUCGCUGCAGUGUCUUUGUCCAAACCAGCACUGUGAAUUCAGGAUGAGAGGGCAUUACCACUGCCUUCGUCCUGGCUGCUACUUCGUGACUAACAUCACCACCAAGCUGCCCUGGCACGUGAAAAAACAUGAGAAGGCAGAGAGAAGGGCAGCCAACGGCUUCAAGUAUUUCACCAAGCGAGAAGAAUGUGGCAGAUUAGGUUGCAAAUACAACCAGGUGAACAGCCACUUCCACUGCAUUCGAGAAGGCUGCCAGUUCUCCUUCCUGCUGAAGCACCAAAUGACAUCCCAUGCCAGAAAGCACAUGAGAAGGAUGCUGGGGAAGAAUUUUGAUCGUGUUCCUACUCAGGUUAUUGGCCACACUCCAAGAAAUGAAAAUCUCCCCCAGGUUGGCAGCAUGGCACCCAGCCCAGCCUCAUCAGGAACCCCAGCUUCCUUUCAGGGACCCCCGAGCAUGAUGGACACUGAAACAGAUGAGUACAUGGAUUACACUGGCUGUAGCCCUGGGGGGAUCUCUUCUGAAUCUUCCAAUAUGGACCGCAGCUGCUCCAGCACUCCAGUGGGCAAUGAAAGUACAUCAGCAGGCUGCCUGGUUCCUUCUACUGCCACUGCUGCUGCCGAUGAUGCUACCCACAAUGCUCCACAACCUCAACCUCCACCUCUGCCUCCAUCUUUCUCACAAGCCCUGCUUAGGUCUCCCAUUCCCACCCUCCCCUAUCUUUUCUCUCCAUCUUGUCUCUCAUACUCUCUGCUCAGUGCCACUCUUGGAUCCAGCAGAGGCAUUGUCAUGCCUGCCGCCAGCACCACUGGGUUUUCGCCCAUCAUUGCCACUCCAACUCCAGUAAAAAGUGACGUUCCCUUAGUUCAGGAUGCAGCAGGGAAUACCAUCACUAUGCCAACUGCCUCGGGGGCCAAAAAGCGUUUCUGGAUUAUUGAGGACAUGUCCCCAUUUGGCAAGCGCCGCAAGACUGCAUCCUCACGCAAGAUGCUGGAUGAAGGGAUGAUGCUGGAGGGAUUUCGGCGCUAUGACCUCUACGAGGACUGCAAGGACUCCAGCUGCCAAUUCUCCCUCAAGGUUACCCACUACCACUGCACGCGGGAGAAUUGUGGCUAUAAGUUCUGCGGCCGUACCCACAUGUAUAAGCACGCCCAGCACCAUGACCGUGUCGACAACCUGGUAUUGGAUGAUUUCAAGCGCUUCAAGUCUUCACUGAGUUGCAACUUCCCAGACUGUCAGUUCUCUGGCAAUAGCACACACUUCCACUGUCUGCGUUGUGGCUUCCGCUGCACUGACAGCACUAAGGUGACAGCCCACCGUAAGCACCACGGCAAGCAGGAUGUCAUCAGUGCUGCCGGCUUCUGCCAGUUCAGCUCGAGCGUGGACUGCGAGGUGCCCGACUGCAAGUACAAACUCAAGUGCUCCCACUUCCACUGCACCUACCCUGGCUGCAAACACACGGUGGUGGGCAUGUCACAGAUGGACUCGCACAAGCGCAAACACGAGAAGCAGGAGCGAGGGGAGCUGCCCGCCAUCUCUCCUGGCCCUGAAGGGCUCGCCCACUCCUCUCUCGAGUACGAUAUCCAGAACUCUUCCAUCAACCUGGACAGUUCCCUCAACCUCAGCACGGACAACAACAGCUCCCUCUUCUUCCUGCAGAACGCGGCUGGCGUGGGCCUCAAUGACUCCCUGGACCUCAGCAAGAAGCAGUCGGAAGUGGCUGAAGGGCCCUCCCCGAGUAGAGCUGGGACCACCCCUCAGGAGCCGGGGGCAGCAGCGUCAGGCUCUGGGGAGGUGGAGGAUGAAGAUGACUCCUCCCAGGAGGAUGAAGAGGAUGAUGAGGAGGAGAUGAAUGAAGAAGAGGAGGAUGAUGAAGAGGAGGAUGAUGACGAUGAUGAUGAUGAGGAUGAUGAAGAGGAAGACCUGAACACGGAUUCUGAAGAAUCGCUGCCUGACCCUGAGGGCCUGGCCACUAAAGAUGAUGGGGAACCAGAGGAAGGUGCUUCUUCUUCCACAGACCACGGUGAUGCUUCCAGGCCGCAGGAUGAGGCAGCUCCUGCCCUUCCUCCAGCCUCAGCUCCUGCUCCAGCUCCCGCUGCUGCCGAAGACUCGACGGUUGCUCCAGCAGCUUCUCCUUAAUCCUAGAGACAACGGCAGCAGUGGUUUGGUUUUGCUUUUACACAGAAUUUCUUCGGGGACCCCACAUGAGGCAAGAACAAAGAUUGGGAUGGCAAAUGAAAUACAAACUCCGUGCCACACACACGCGAGAGAGAGAGAGGAAGGAAGGAAACCUAUACUCCACAGGCCCCAUAAGAGAGACAGGUUCGCAGCGGGACUGGUGCUGCAUCACUUCAUUCUGCAGAUCACAGAACACAGGGGCAGGAUGCAGCGGAAAAAUACCCUUUUAUAUGGACAUGAACCUCGAGGGUACCAGCUGCUUCUCCUUGUCUCCCAAAAGGUGCAUGGGGCCUGCGCCCAUCUGGGGACCCUUUGUUAUGGGUGGGGUUCUUUCCCCCCGUUUUUCUUUCUGGCUUUUAUUUUUCCAUGUUUUCAGUUGUACGAUAUUAAUAAUAAUCUCCACUUCUUGGAGGGGGGUGGGUGGGAACAACAGGUAAUGAAUUGUAGAAAUAUAUAUUUGUGUGUGUGUCUCUUCUAUAUAUAUAAUGUACACACACACACACAUAUAUAACAUGCAAGGAAUUGGUGUCACAAAGACAACUAGCUCAGCUUUUGCCAGUGGGAAGGAGGGGGCGAGGGGUGCUCUCUCUCUCCCCCAUCCUUCUCCCUCUCUCUCUCUUCUUUCUCCAGCAUUAAAUGGAUGGCAUCAGACAGCAGAGGGUGGGAGUGGGUAUUUAUUGUCACGCAAAUGAGGACGCAUUAAUGAAUGAGCAGGGGUGGGAAUGGGACACUCCUCUGUUCUUCCAGAUCCUUUUUACUAUUAAUGAUAAUAAUUUUGAAUGCUAUUUAUAUUGUAAAACUUUCUCUGUCUACAGCUGUAAGGCACCUCUCCCCAUCCCUGCUGUUCCGCCUGUAGGGAUUGAGCUGAAGUAACUGGGGAAGGGCACAGCGGGCAGUUAAAGGGUUUGUCACACUGGAGGACUGGGGUUCAACUCCCAUCCAGUUCCAUCUCAUCCCAACCCCAGGUGCUUUCCCUCUGUUGAGGGUGAGGCUUUUUUGUGGUGCUUCAGUAUCCCCAUCUCAGGAGGACUCGGUAGAGUCAGGAGGUUGUGAGCUGACACUGUGCAGCACAAGGAGCGCUGUGAUCGCAGGAGAGCGUCCCAGCCCUUAACACAGCCUUGAAAAUACAUGACAGGUAUGUCCCCACCCCAAGCCCUCCUCCCUGCCUCUCACUGGAGAUGGCCACAGCUUCCUGCACGGACUGAAAUGUAGCUCUGGUGACUUCCAGAAGAGGGUGAAGGCACCACUGAGGGAGAAGGCAGGCAGGCACUCAGGAUCCCAUGUGGGACGUCCCUCUCCUUUGCUAAGCACUGAGUGGGGACCGUUCUGCAGCACCCACAGAGCUAUUUGCCCAGCCUUGGUUCUCGCAGCCACAUGAGGCUGCUGCAACCUACACAGCACAGACAGAUGUGGGGAGAUGCCAGCAGAGGCCAGGAUGCAGUCCAGCUAAAAAAGUGAUGCGUUUCUGUGUCUGUGCUGAUACAUUUUGCCAAGCAGGGCUGAGAGCUCAGGACUUGGACAAGUAAAUGGAAUUUAGUAAGCUGGGACCUGUUGCCUCCAGAAACUUGGGCUUGCCCUGGUCACAAGCUCAUCUCCUCCCCGCUCUCUUUUCCUAGCUCAGGCUGGGAAUACACACUACAGGAGACUGCCCAGCACUCAGGCAGGUGAGGCAGUAGCUUUCUGACCCCAAAUCCUCACCAGAGUCUGAGAAAGUGGGUAUCUCUGCAUCCACACGGCUCCAGAAGGACAGAACAGAUGAAUUCUGGUCAUGGCUCUUCCAGUGCCAGUCUGUAACUACACCAGCCCAGCAAAAGGUUCCUUGGGUCCGAGCUGUGUCGCUUUUUCUCUUUAAGCCUGGUUGGUUUUUUUCCUAACAAACAUGCAGCCCCUCCUCAAGCACUUCAGCUCCAAGGGAUCCCCACAGGUUGUUUCUACCCUGAGCAGAUAAAGGCCUCAAGGAGUUUAGGCUGGGUUUUUUUAAUUAUUUCCCUUAGGACCUGAUGCAGAUCGGGUCUGCUUUAUAAACAAGCAGCGCGGCUGCGUUCAGUGGGGACAGGAGGUUCAGGUGAUGUUUCAUAAGGAAAGGCAAAAAAAAAAUAGACUAGUUCAGAAGUUGUACAGUAUUUUUUUUCUGUAAAGGUUCUUCUUAUACAUAGAACAAAAGAGAAACAACCGAUGCCAGGGGGACAAGGGGGGUCACCCGCCUUCUGUGAGGCCCGUAGAUACGGUUCAUUGUGUGCAAUUUUUUUUCCUUUUUUCUUAUUUUUUUUUCCUUAUUAUUAUUUUCAAUGUAGUGUUUGUUUGUAGGGGGAGGCAGGGAGGGGGGCCUGAACUCUGUGGUUUGAGGCUGACUUCACACUCCUAGCACUGACUGGAGCUGCACGAUUCCGAAUUUUAACUUGAAUUUUGUAGAGAUGAAACAAAUGAAAACAAAUGAAAUAUUGUUAUGACUAGUUUGUAGCUUAUUUAAUAUUUUGGAGUUACUUUUCCUCUAUCAGUUAUUUUGUGUGGCUUUUAUUUUUACAGGGUUUCAUUCUUUUGUUUGUUUUUGUUUUGUUGGCUGUAUCCCCUGCCCUCUGCUGUGUGUUUUCUAGCACAGACCAACUCCUGAACGUCACGGAGCUCCCGUUCCUGGGGCUGAGUGAGGGAACAAGGAGCUGGGAUUUCUAGGACUGGGAUGGGGCAAACACCUCUGCUUUAAUGGCAUUUGCUGCAGGUUCUGUACUUGUCUCUUCCCAUAUUCAUCCACUCACACUGUAAGGUGAUGGGCAGCAGGAGGACCCCUCAGCUGUAACACAGGCCCCAUCUUACAGACUUGAUGUUUUCACUUGGCACCCUGCAGACAUUGCUGAGUUCUGUGGGGUCAGCACGGAGCCCCUGCCCUCACACCCCAUCCUGUGAGCAGGGCUAGCAGGGCUGCUCACAGCAGCCAGGCGCUCCAUGGGGCACCUCAGCACCACUGAGGACAGAGUAUCUGUACCUCUAUCAGCCCAUCUCACCAAAUCACUGCAAGGCAGUGGAAUAAGGCUGAGGCACGGAGGAGAGGGGAAGCGAUCCCCUGGCAGCUGCACUCAGCAGCACUUUGCUGGGGCCUGAGCUGAUGUAGAGCUCUUCCUCACCUCCUCCUGUGUGGCUCAGCGUGCCAGAGGGGCCCAUGUUUAUCUAUGCACACCACCCUCCCCCUCAAGGCACCCAACUUCUCCCCAGUGUCUCAGCCUUUCUCCCAGUCCUUUAUCACGGCUCCUCCAGGCGCUGGCACAGGGAAUGCAGGUCCUUUCCCUAGAGGCUCACACUGGCCUCUGCCCCACGGCCCUGCCCAGCCCUGUACCUGCCCAGCUCUCACUACAUCCAUCUCUGCAGCAACAACCAGUCUAGAAAAUUAAGCCCGUCUUGUUUUCCUGCCAUGCUCAGGCUUUAACUCUUAAGCAAAGGCUUUGUGAGCUGGAGCAGAUUGAAGCCCACGCUUAAGUAAGUGCUUUCUUUGAACAAAGGCCCCAGCAGCACUGAGGUGCCCAUUGCAGCGAGGUGGGUCUUCGCUUCAAGCGAUCACAUCACCAGGGCCAGGAAUGCCAUGCUGUAAGUGCUUAAAGAGCAGAGAGAGAGAGAGAGAUUCAUCCAACACAGUGAGGAGGAGGGAGGGGAAACGGAACAGUUGUGUCCGAAACAAAACGGAAAACAAACAAAACGACCCUUGUUGGGAUGGACCCUCCUGGUUCUCCAUUCACUGCUGAGGAGCAAAAAACGAAAUCAAAACUAUUGAGUAGCUGGUCCUUUCUAGCCACAAACUCAACUGGAUUAAAGGCUGCGUGGAAGGAAUUUUGUAAAGAAAAAAAUUAAAAAAUAAUAAAAAAAAAAAAACAAGAAAAAACUUUUUUUU